AUGCAGUACUAUCCUAUACAAGAUCUGAACGAGCAAUCAUCCAUUAGUCCACAUGCAGACUACGGUGGCUUCACUCUCCUCUAUCAAGAUCAAGUCGGCGGUCUCGAGGUAUUAAAUGCGAAUGGAAUCUGGGUUCCUGCACCGCCGAAGGAGCAUGCGUACAUCGUCAAUACUGGGAGCUAUAUGGAAGUUCUUUCCAACGGCCGCUUCCCCGCUACAGUCCACCGAGCGUUCGGCAAUCCGUCAUGCGAACGAUAUUCCCUCCCGUUCUUCUUCAACCCGGACCCGGAUAUCACUAUUGCGCCUCAUCCUAAGCUUUUGGUGGCAGGCAUUAAGCCCGCGUUUGAGCCUCAAAAUGUGAGCCGAAGGCAGAUUAAGGGCCUCAUGACGAACCGUCCUGACCAUCCCUUCUUCAAGAAAUUGAGAGCACUGGGUUUAAAAGAGGAAAAACUGACAUUUGAACUUGUGUCGAAGCCUAUUGAAGAGAUAGUUGCUUUGAAUUCUUGA